GUCCGUGCGUGUGCCGGGGUUCAGGGCGGGGCGGAGCCGCGCAGCAGCAGCUUCAUCCCCGCUGACCGACAGCGACCCUCUGCUCGUCUCCAGGCCGCGGCAUGGACCCCGGAGCCCGGCCGCAGAAGCUCAGCGGGUCCGGUUCGAGCUUCGGAGAGUCCCGGUGCUGAUGAAGGUGAUGAUGAAGAUGCGCCGUUAACGGACGAACCGGAGGAUCGGCGGAGCAUCGAUGCGGCAGAACGACCGCCAUUGUUCGGAUGCGCAGCAGACUGAGAGGAACCAGGCCGGAGCUUAGACCCGCGGACCGACCCACGGACAGCAUGCUGCUCCCGGCGCUGCUGCUCUGCCUCGUACCGAUGUCGUCGGGAUUCCAGGCGUAUGUAACAGACGACGGUUUGAUCGUGGCGACUCUGGAGCGCUCCGACCUUCAGGAGAACGUCACAUCAUACGCUGUGCAGAUCUCUGGAGAACCUCGACCGGUUCUGGUCCAAUUCUCCAACAGCAGCGAACCGGUUCUGUUCAACGCCUCCUUCCAUGGCCAGUGCUACUCUGUGGGUUUACUGGCCCGACUGGGCCAGAGCUGGUCCAGACCCAUGAAGACUCUGACGCUGCUCACAAAGCCACUGCCCAUCCUCAGCGCUCAGAUUUCCGACUAUAAAGAAGCUCCAGAGACGGGAGUUGUGUUUGAAAUCGACCCUCCGGCUGGAAACGUCUUCAGCCGAGUGAACAUCAGCUUCACUGAAGGACCAGAGAGACGGUCGAUGCUCUACAAAGAUUUCUACAGAGGGAAGACAGUGUUCAAACACUGGCUACCGGGGGUUUGUUACCGGAACAUCACCUUCCAGCUCAUCUCUGAAGCUACAGUUUACCAGACGCCAUUGGUCGCCCACAGUGAUGUCACACACACACCUCUGCACCACCGCACAGUGCCCUUCCCUCCCCUCAACAUUUCCCAUAAGAUCAUCCACCUGAGCCAGAGGGCAGCAGGUGAAGCUAUCACGGCUCCUCUCCACCGUCACACCCGAGACGUCCCACUGAUGGAGGAGCGAGAGGAGGAGGAGGUCCAGCCGGAGGAGGAGAACAUCUCUGAGGACGCGGCGACCUCCAGCCCCUUUAACUCCACCAUGGUGGUUAGCACCGCCGCCACCGCUAACAGCAGUCAGCCGGAGGAGGCGGAGCUUCAGAACUACUGGUUGGACCCCACGGAGCCGUCGACGGCCGACGAUGAGUUUGUGAACGCCGUGGUGUCAGAAUAUGAGGACUCCAACGAGCCGGGUUCGGCCAUGGGCCUCCAACCAGAGCCCUCCGUCCUGCCCACCAGGCUGCCCCCCGUCCUGCUGGAGCUCCGCUGGCUGCCGCCGAGGCCUCCGACCAGCCACGACGGCUUCAAUGUCUACAUCUACAGAGACGGAAACUCCACAGAAACAGCGACCGUGGACGAAAACACUCAUGAGUUCUUCACCGAGUUGACAGAACCGGGAACGUACCGAGUCCAGGUCACCACGCUGAGUUCAUCUGGAGACUGUGACGCCCGAGAGAGCAGUGCCGACACCGGGUUCACCUUCUACCGCAGUCCUGGUGGUGAGCUGCUGGAGGAACUUCGAGAACGUCCUCAGUCUGUCAGUGUCCGACUGUUGGACUCCAGCACCGCCGCCGUUACCUGGGCGCCGUCCAACCAGAACCACAACGGCAGCCUGGUGUCGGUGGUUUCUACUACCUGUCUGAAGCCGAGCCUGAGCCAGAGGAUGGAGAACACCUACUGCAGCGAGGAGAACUCGACCAGUGACAUCAUCACCAACCUGACGCCAGGUGCUCAGUACAGGGUCGUGGUUUUUCACACCAACGGACCUCUGAUCAGCCCUCCGUCUGAGCCCGUCAUCAUCGACAUCGAGCCCACAGGUGUCCGUGAGUUGGCGGUCUAUCCCCUGAGUCCAACAGCCGUCAUCCUCAGCUGGCAGCGUCCGUACCACGUGGCCUUCAGGAAGUACGUCCUGCAGACCUUUUUCUUCAACCCCGUCACGCUGGCGUCUGAGUGGACCACCUACUACGAGAUCGCUGCCACCGCUUCCGUCAUCGCCUCUGUGAGGGUGACCGACCUGCUGCCGGCAUGGUAUUACAACUUCCGUGUUUCCAUGGUGACGUGGGGCGACCCGCCGCUCAGCUGCUGCGACAGUUCGACCGUGAGCUUUGUUACAGCUCCUGAAGCUCCACACAUCUCCUCGGUGGAUUAUUCCCAUGGAGUUUUAUACGUCCGCUGGACUUACGGAGAACUCUUCAUCGACCUGUCGCACUCCAGGAUGCUGCACUGGCAGGUGGUGGCCAUCAGCAAGAAGGGACCCGAGAGGAGCUACUCAGUAGACGUGACCCGUAACGUGAUGCGAGCCCACCUGCCUCUGCCUCCAGGUGACAUCUACAACCUGACGGUGACGGCGUGCACAGAACGAAGCCGGAACACGUCGAUGCCCAACAUCAUCAAGCUGGAACCGGCUCCGCCCAGAUCGCUGUUCGCCGUCAACGCCACCCACUCGUCCGUCACUCUGCUGUGGACGGAGGACGGCGUGGUCGACUACUACCAGGUGGUCUGCAGACUCAGCAGGAGCAGCAAGGAGCUCAAGACUCGAGAGCCUCAGACGUCGACAUCUCACAUUGUGACGAUUUCCGGUUUGUUGCCGUCGUCCAGCUACAACUGCACCGUGACCAGCUUCAGCUACAGCACACCGAGCAAACCGGCCCACAUCAGCAUCACCACCGUUGCUAAAGAGAUGAACCCCAGUGUAGCAGCCAUCUCGGCUCUAGCCAUCCUCAGCAUCCUGUUGAUCAGCCUCCUGGUUCUGUUCCUGCUGGUUCUGAGGAAGAAACACCUGCAGAUGACCAGAGAAUGUGGCGCCGAGACCUUCGUCAACUUUGCGUCAUUCGAGCGAGACGGAAAACUUCCCUACAACUGGCGAAGAAGCCUCUUUGCCUUCCUUACCCUACUGCCAUCCUGCCUUUGGACUGACUAUCUUUUGGCUUUUUAUAUUAAUCCUUGGAGCAAGACCGCUUUAAAGAAACGGAAGCUAACAAGUCCCGUUCAGCUCGACGACUUCGACGCUUAUUUUAAAGAAAUGAGCAAAGAUUCUGCCUAUAAGUUCUCCCUGCAAUUUGAGGAGCUGAAGAGCGUCGGUUUGGAUCUUUCCCACGAUGCAGCAGAUCUUCCCAUCAACAGACCCAAGAACAGAUACACCAACAUCCUGCCAUAUGACUUCAGUCGGGUGAAGCUGAUCUCGAUGCACAACGAUGAAGGUUCAGAUUACAUCAACGCCAACUACAUUCCUGGCUACAAACACUCCAGGGAGUACAUCGCCACUCAGGGUCCGCUGCCUGAAACCCGGAAUGACUUCUGGAAGAUGGUUCUGCAGCAGAAAUCUCCGAUCAUCGUGAUGCUUACGCAGUGCAACGAACGGCGGAGGGUGAAGUGCGACCACUACUGGCCGUUCACCGAUGAACCAGUGAUGUACGGUGAGAUCAGCGUGGAGAUGAUGUCAGAAAGCGAAUCUCCAGAGUGGACCAUCAGGAAGUUCAGGCUGGGAUAUGCCGACGAAACUCAGGACGUCCUGCACCUGAACUACACCUCGUGGCCGGACCACGGCGUCCCGACCGUCAACGCCAUCGAGUCCAUCCUGCAGUUCGUCCACAUUGUCCGGCAGCAGGCCAACCGGACCAAAGACCCCAUCAUCGUCCACUGCAGCGCCGGCGUCGGCAGAACCGGAACCUUCAUGGCUCUGGACCGACUGAUGCAGCAAAUCAGGGAGCACGAGUUCACCGACAUCCUGGGGAUGGUGUCGGAGAUGAGGUCGCACCGGCUGUCCAUGGUCCAGACAGAGGAGCAGUACGUGUUCAUCCAUCAGUGCGUCCUCCUCAUGUGGCAGAAGAAGAAACAGUCCAGCAUCACGUCAGACGUCAUCUAUGAAAACGCUAGUAAAACAUAAACAACUGCCGACGCUGACGGCUGAGCUUCAGGCCUCCAUCUGUGCAGAAGAAGAAGAAGAAAAACGCUUCAUCAUCAGAACAUCUCAGCGAGAACCAACCGACCGACCAACCAACCAGUUCCCCAGAGUUUAGUUUGGUAUUAUGGGAUGGAAGCUUUGCCUUAAAGAGCCUUCAGACUGAACCACCAGGAUCAACGUUUCUGAUUCAAUCUCAGGAGAACGACCAGCAGCACAUCGGCCUCCUUCCUCCUGGACCAGACUCACCGGUACUGCCACAGCGACGAGACCGACCGGGACCCAGAACCUUCACAGAACCUCCGGAGAACCUCCAGAGAACAUCCAGAAAACCUUCAAACCUUCAGCGAGUCUGCAGCUACAUGAGCACAAAGUUUCCCAUUGGACAGCUGCAGCAGAGCUUCAAAGACUAGAACCAGCAGGACCCGGACCAGAGAGCGGGUUCUGAGGGGGUGAAGGUCUGAGCUGCUGCCAGAGUUCGGGUCCAAACCGGUUCUGAAACAUCUGAAGGCACAAAGACAGAAACGGGCCGAAGCUGCUGUUUGCAUGUUGAGGAGUUUUAGACGUUUAGAAGCUGUAGGUUGAUUUGCACUGAGGAUGACGAACCGGGUCCAGCAGCAGAACCGGACCCAAGUCUGGAGUUUCAGAUCAGAAACCAGAACCACAAAAACUGCUUCAGCUCUGAGUUCCAGUUUCCUUCAGGUGGCUGAAGGUGGAAGAAACAAACAUAUCUGCUGUGAACCGACCCGAACCAAUCACAGAACCAGAACCUCAAAGUUUAAAUGAAACCUUUCAGAGUUUUUGUUUCAACACAAAGUUCCUGAAAACAACAGAAAACUUUACGUCUGAACCCAAACCUUAGUUCAAAAACUAAAUUCCUUUAAAUGAACUUCACUGUUUUAGAACCCAAAUAUUAAAACUGAGGUCAGAGUUCUAGUUUCAGACCUCAACAUGUCGAUACUUUGAUCAGUAUUUUUAGUUCUGAUCUGCAGUAAAACCUUUAAAACCAACAUUUAUUCUCAACAAACGGUUCAAAUCCUACAAACUAAUGAAACACUGACGGUAAACUUUGAGUUUUUCACACAAACAAUGUUUCAAUCAUCCUAAAAGAUUCAAUGAAGCCCAAAGAUUCACAUGGAAACAGAUGAUUCAAGUCAAAACAUUGAGUUUAACCCUCCUGUUGUCUUCAUUUACAGGCACCAAAAAAUAUUGUUUCCUUGCCUGAAAAAAAUCCAAAAAUUCAGCCAAAAAAAAUUCCACAAACUUCUGAAAAUUUUCAAAACCUUCAGGAAGAAAAUUCCAAUAAUUCGUUCAAAGUUUCCAUUAAAAGCUUUGUAAAAAAAAAAUAAAAUCCCCCAAAUUUGGCAAAAAAAAUUCUAGUAAACAUUUUCAAAAAAUUAGUAAAAAUCUUCAAAAAAAAUCCUAAAAAUAUCUAGUGAUUCCAUACAUAUCAGUAAAACUUCUAAUAUUUUCUUUAAGAAGAUUCACAUAAAAAUAAACCAAAAUCCAGCGAAUUUCGCUGGAUUUUGAUUUUUUGUGAAUCUUCUUAAGAAACAUUUUUAACAUUUAUUUUUUUUCCACCAAAAAAUGUUCAAAAAUUUCCCAAAAAUGUUGAAAAUGUGGACAUCAGAAGUUUCACUGUGAAAAUAAUUUUUUUUUUCCCACAUUUUCAAACUUUAAAACGGGUCAAUUUGACCCACAGGACGACACAAGGGUUAAACUUAUCAACUCACAUUUAGGAAGAAGAAAACUUUGACAUUUUUGAAAUUUCAGCUAAAAAGAUGAACUUUAAACGGCUAAAAUUCUCAUUCAACUCAAAUCGUUGUUUAAAUAUAACCACUGGAAUUUGUAAUUUACCUAAAAAUGAUCAUUAAUUAUGUAAAAUUCUUCUAUUAAGACUUAAAAUCGCAACAUUUAGAAUUUUAACUUGUAUAGUUUGUCUACAAAACUAGCAAAUUUUAGGUUUAAUUUCUAAACUUUUUGUAUAUUAAUGAUAUAAACUGAGGUUUGGUGGAACAAGUUCAACAUAAGUUUUUAAAUAAAUCAAAGUUUAAACUAAACUACUUUGGAUUUCUAAUUAUAAACAGCAACAAAAACGUCACAUUUUUACUACAAAUCUACUUUUCUUCCAGUAAAUUUGUUUGAUUUUCAUCUGGAAACUCAACAUUUAUAACAUUUCUUUCUAAAUAUAAAUUAGUUUAAACUACAUCUCAGAUCUGAAAACUCUAAAAACAAUAUUUCUGAUUCUAAAUAUGUGAAUUAAAUCUCCCAGAGUUCGUGGAUCUUUUCCGUGUUGGAAUAAAAACUCGUGUUCUGGUUCUCGGCGCCCCCUGCUGGACGCCGGUCGUCGCUUCGGAUCGGAUCAACUUUCAUUCGCUUCUUUCUACUGAAGGACACAAAAAAACUCCACACUUCUGAUCAAACAAAGAAUCUCAAAGUUUCACACUCGGUUCAGGAAGUCAGGGUGUCGCCAAAAUAAGAGCUGCGGCCAAACGCCUUCACAAUAAAAGCUCCAACUCUCUCUGAACUUCACUGCCAGUUUUAACCAGUUUAACACUUUUAUUAUUUCUAAUUUAAUUAAUUUCAAAGAUAAUCAAACGUUGCUAAUUUGAAUUUAAAUUUAAUUAAAUAUAUAAAAUCAUCGGUGCGUCAUUUUAUCUGACAGAAGCAGCAAAAAUAACAUUUAACCAAAAAAAAGAAAAAACAUGUAAAUAAACAUCGGAAUUACUUUUUAAUAACAUAAUUUUAGGGAGCAUUAAUUACAUUCAUGUUAGAAUAUCAGCACAAGUAGAUUCAAAUGUUACAUCGUUAUCAUUAAAAUGUGGUACAAAUGUGAGUUUUGAACUAAUUUCUAAACGAUUUAAGGUAUUUUAGUGAUUCUAAUAUCUGGUGAAACAACUCAAACUGCAGAUUUCAUUAAAAGACUAAACGUUUAGAACAAUUUGAGAAAAAAGGAAAAAAAAUCCUUAAAAAUAUGAAAUAUUCAGUUGUCAAUUUUUUAAGAAUACAUUUACUUUAUAGUUUACAAUUGGAGGAGUUAAUCCUGGUUUUUACACAUUUUUAUUUGCAAACAAGUUUUUUUGUCAACAUAAAUAUCCAAUUUUGCUAAUUAUCCUAUAAUUUCUGUUUAUUUUGAUACAGAAACCUACAUUUAUUCAUAAUAUCUUCAAUAACGGGUUUAGCAGAGUUGAAUAAAAAGAAAUCCUGAGAUAAACUAAUGAACUGUUUACAUUCUUUCAUCAAACUUCAAGUAAAACAUAUCGAACUAUUAAAAAUACUAACGUUUCUUCGUACUGUUUUCUCUACAUGAUGCUAAACUGCAAACAGCACCUGAAGCUUUUAUUCUGAAGUAGCCUGUUGAGUGUGUUUUGGUGACUUCCUGUUUCCCUCUGUACAAACUGAAAGUAAACCGUUGAAUGUGUGUAAAAGGCUGCUGGACUCUGUGGCCUUUAACUUUUCUGUGUCAGACGGUCGCUGGUUCGGACUUCGGUUUUGUCGCCUCUCGAUCUGAAACGUUCGCUGUUAGAUAUCAGACGUACUGUACAUAAUACUACUGCUUAAUACUCCGUUUCUACUCGUCAUUACUGAGUACUUCUUGUGGAAAUGUUGCUUUAGAGGUUUUGUUUUUUAAAGUUGUUGUAAAUGUGAAUCAUCGUUUACUGAGCCAGAAGCCGAACUCGGCGACGCCUCGAUGUUGGCGUCGUCUCGAGGACUCGGAGGACUUGUCUGAGAAACGCACUUGGGUACGACUGUUGGGAACGUUCCUGGAACCUCCGGAGAAUGUUGGCAGAUCAGCACUGAACACUUCUACAGUUCUUUCUCUUUGCUUCGUGUUCGUCCGGUCGACUUGUUCGUCAUUGGUGCCAUUUUGUGCAUUGUGUCACUUACAGUUUGAAGCUGUCACAGAGUUUUAGUGUGUGUGUGUUGAACCAAUAAAAUGUUGCAGUUA